UUUCAGUUGCCCUUUAGUGACCAUGAAGAUGAUGCUGAGUCUGGUUUGGCUGCUCAUAGCCAUAGCCCAUAAGGCUGAACCCCUCAUCUCUGAGAACUUCAGUGAGUGCCGGGAGUUUUUCUAUAGAAGACAGAUCCCUCAGGGCUUUGAAGGCAUUGCUCAGAAGAAUGUAGAGGACUCUCCAGCCUAUAUCUGCCAGCGAUAUAAGAACAUUGAUUACUUUGCUUCCCUGUAUGACAGAGGGAGGCACGUGCCCCUCUAUUCUGCCUACAUCUUGAACAGGAAACAUGAAUCUUUACAUAGGAGAAACACUUUCGAUGUAGAACCCCAGCUGAUUAAUAUAGGGUUGAGCCCUUCAAUGCAAAGUGAAUCGACCACUGAAACAGCGAUAACAGAUAAAAAGAUUCCAGGAAACCCCAAAACACUAAUUGCGUUCAGCCAAGCUGUAAAUGCUGAUUAUGGAAACCGCAGUUAUCACAGAGGCCAUCUGAAUCCCGUGUGCCAUCAUGAAACUAAAGCUGCGCAGGAUGCAACAUUCACACUGACCAACGCCGUGCCGAUGGUCUCUGGGUUUAACCAAGGCAAGUGGAGAGUUCAUGAGAAGAGAAUGAUAGAGGAAACCAAAGACUGUAACAUUACGUAUGUGGUUACUGGCAUCAUACCUGGCAAUAAUAGGCUUAAUAACCGUGUGAAUAUUCCCAGUCGCGUGUGGAGCGCUUAUUGCUGUGUAAAUAAUAAUGGCAAGCCAGUCAAGUCAGGGGCUGUAUUGGCCGAAAAUACAAAAGGGGCUGUUGUGAGCAAAAUUGAAGAUCUUCCAAGGCAGCUUAAAAAUAUUUUAGGGAAUAUUACAUUUUCAAUAUUCGAAAAUAAUUGUCAAAAAAAUGUUAAAUCCAGAAAAGCUGCUGGCACUAUAUAAACAAACAGCUCAAUGCCUCUAUCAGUAAUAGCUGGGAGCAUGUAUGACCUAUGGGACAACGCUGGAGCCUCACUCUAUGCACUUAGGCAUCCCAGGGGGCAUCACUAGUUGCAAGUUAGGGGCCCUAGGGUAAGUACAGGGCUCCCAUGCUUUGUGCCCUUUAGCGCCCCAGCACUUGCCCCUGUCCCAUCAGUAACUAAGCCUUAAUGCCUUCCUACUGUCUAUAGUUUACAAACACCAGUGCUGUUACUAAUAGCAACCACUUGGCCAUUUGCAGUGAACAAGUUAGAAAAUGAAAGUUUGUAUAUGAUUGGUUGUUAUGGGUAACUACACUGGUGCAGUUUAGCACCAGUUCAAAGGGUAAAUUAAUAAACAUAACAACAUUUACAUCAGGUCUAGUAACCCAUAGCAAACAUUAAGAAUUUUUGUUUCAUUCAGGUAACUAGUAAAUUCUACCAGCUGAUUGGUUGCUAUUGGUUACCUAGUGCAAACUUUGGAGUUUUUACUGCACUAUUUCAUUGUGUUGAUCAUGGUGGCCUUCUCAGGGAGAAUCGCUGUGAUCAAAAUGUCCAAUGACCUUUUGAAAGCCUCUUUCUAUACCUGUAAAUAAUUUAUUUUUUUCUGGUUGGUGUCAGUGUUUGCUUGUUACUCCCCUUCCCCAAAUGCAACUGCCCAAUAAAUCUGCUCUGAGCAACUGCAAA